UCAGCUGUCAGUAGAGGUUAUAGCUAACUGUAAACACACACACACACACGAUUCCACGGUUAGGAGGAAAAUAAUUACGUGCUAUUUAUAUGUUGAUAUUUUAAAGUAUAUUUUAUUUCAAAUUAAAGUUAUUAAGUCGUCAACAAUUAUCACAGUAAUAUUUUCUGUAAUCAAUAUGCUUCAAGAUUAUCUUUUAAAGCAUCACACGAAAGAUUUGGAAGAAAUAUUAAAUGCUACAAAGGAUCAUGUGUUCUAUUCAAUACAAGUAAAUUUCGUGUCAUUAUUUGAGGCUGAUGCAGAGAUUGCACAGAAAAUCUUACGCAAUCCUAGACAUUAUUUACCAUUAUGUGAUGAAGCAGCAGCAAAAGCUCAGGAACAAUUAUGCAAAACAGAUCAAACAGUAAAGACUAGAGUUCACAUUAGAAUUACUGCAGUACCAAUAAAAAUCGACACAAGUCAAAUUGGUGAACUGGUUUCAACAACUGGAAUUGUAGUCCGCAUGUCUCAACCUACAAUUAUGAAGUUAAAAAAACGUUUUGUCUGUAAAAAAUGUAAACAUGUCAGUGUGGUUAAGCUAGAGUGGGAAAGACAAUUGUUUAGAAAUAUUAAAUGUUGUGAAGCAUGUCGAUCACCAAAUAUAACAGCUUUAACAUCUUUAGAACAAGAUGAUUGUUCAGAUUAUCAAGAAAUAAAGAUUCAGGACAAAUGUAAAGCAGAUACACAAAGUUAUUAUUCAGUGGGUUUACAAGUAGUUUUAUUGGAUGAUUUGAUCGACAAAUGUAGACCUGGUGAUAAUGUAGACAUCAGCGGAAUAGUUAUACGAAAAUGGAGUACAUUAAAAGUUGGUCAUCGCGCGGAAGCCACGACAUUUCUGAUAGCCAACAACAUUUCGAUACACAAAAAAAUCUCAGAAGCAACAUUUUCUACUGCUGAAAUAAGAGAUACUUUUACAGCAUAUUGGGAACAUUAUAGAGAUAAUGUGUUAGCUGGCAGAGACAAUAUUCUUGCCUCUAUUUGUCCCCAACUAUAUGGAAUGUAUUUCGCAAAAUUAGCAUUGGCUGUUGUUAUAUGUGGUGGAGUGGCAAAAACUAACGAAACGGGAAUACGUGUGCGAGGUGAACCCCAUCUUCUUCUAAUUGGAGAUCCUGGAACUGGUAAAUCGCAAUUACUUCAUACUGCGUCUCGAUUAAUUACACGGUCUGUCCUUACAACUGGUAUUGGUACUACUGCUGCUGGGCUUACAGCAGGUGCUGUCAAAGAUUCGGAUGGUUGGCAUUUAGAAGCCGGUGCGUUAGUCCUCGCAGAUGGAGGUGUAUGUUGCGUGGACGAAUUCACGACAAUGAGUUCACAUGAUAGAACUUCUGUACAUGAAGCAAUGGAACAACAAACGAUCUCCAUAGCUAAAGCCGGUAUGCUGACCACUUUAAACAGCCGUUGUUCUGUCAUUGCAGCUAUUAAUCCAGAUGGCGGAUGUUUUAUGGGUGAAGAAUGGAAAAGCUGUUUGGGAAAUCCUCUUUUGUCGCGUUUCGAUCUAAUCCUCCUUCUGAAAGAUACUAGAAAUCCCGAAUGGGACAAAAUGACAUCGAGUCAUAUUUUGGAAGCUGCUUGUGAAGAAAACGAAGAAAAUAAUUCAUAUUCCGAAACAUAUAUGGGUCCUUUAAACUUAACAAGUUUGUGGACGGAGGAGACCCUCUGUGAAUAUUUCGCGCACGUGCGUACAUGGAAACCAGUGUUAACCGAAGAAGCAAAAAAAAUACUCAGUGCAGCUUAUCUUUAUCACAGAUCAGAUCCAUAUAGGAGACCUGAGAGAACAACAGUACGACUUUUAGAUAGUCUUAUCAGAAUGGAUGUAAGUUCGUUAGUUCCGGCAGGUCUUCAAAGUAGGCAAACAGAUGGAUGCGAGAUUCAAGCGGGAUACAAUAAGUUUUCCGAAAAUUUGCGAAAGUUUACACCACAGUCUAUACAGUGCGCCAUUUUUUGCGGUGGAUCCAGGUGCAAGUAUGAAAAUCCAAAGGCUUGGCCACCUGUCCACAUGGCAAUACAAAACAUCUUUUCGCAUUGGGUGACUGAUGAUGUCCUUGCGAUGGCACGGCCUAACACGGCUCAAAUAAUAAAAAAAGAUAUAAUUGCCCAAUUUCAAGGUUGGAGCAUAAAAACUAUAAUAAACUUGCAAACACCUGGCGAACACGCAAGUUGUGGAGGUCCACUCGAAGAGAGCGGUUUCACAUAUGAUCCCAAUAUUUUUAUGAAAAAUAACAUUUACUAUUACAAUUUUGCCCUGAAGGAUUAUGGUGAUGCUACAAUGGGAAAACUUUUGGAUAUGGUCAAGGUUGUGGCCUUCGCCGUACAAGAAGGAAGAGUGGCCAUUCACUGUCAUGCUGGUCUCGGCAGAACUGGCGUUCUGAUCGCGUGCUACCUUAUUUACAGUCUUCGUGUGAGGGCAAACGAUGCAAUAAGAUUUGUCCGUAUGAAACGUCCGUCUGCUAUACAAACGCGCGGACAGAUACAUUGCAUUCAGGAAUUCGAGCACUUCGUGCUUCCGCAGAUGAUAGUAUUCCCUUUACAUAGUACAACCGGAGAUCGCAAACCCUACAGUCUUCAAACAUACCUGAAGAAGCAGUACAACAUGUUACACGGAUAUGAGCAGCGCAACUUUAAGCAUAUUCCAAAAAUUGUUUUCAUUAUUUGCGAACGGAUACUGCAACUUUGCGAUUGUCAGGAAGACAAUUCGCCUUCCGAAAUUUCGUAUACGAUUUCCAAUGUGCCUUUUACGCAAAAAUUUAUCUGCCAUGUGUUGGAGAAAUUUCGUGACAGCACAGGAAACAUACGGCACUCCUAUUCGUGGGCGGAAUCCCUUACGGACUCAUCCUACGAAUAUUCAAUAUCCACUAAAGCGGGUGGUAGUAGUCAAGGAUCAUCCCGAGAUACUUGUGAUGAUAUAGGAAGAUUGAGCGACGUAUUCUGCAUGUCACCGGAUACCCCUUCCUGUGACUCUAUAUUUCCAGGUCUCGACGAUAGUUGCGUGGAUGAUGUCCUAGGUGAUGGUAUUCACGAUCAAGAUCUACUUGAUAAUGACUGUUAUAAGGAAAUUCAGUCACAUAUUGACUUAAAAAACAUUGCAUGCAAUGAUUAUGAAACGGUGACUGCCGAGGAAGCUAUCAAAGUACUCAUCGGAAAUAACACAUCUUUUCCGGAUUCCAUAAAGAAACGUUUGCAUAAUUAUCAGAGUGAUUUAAAUCAUCGAUGUACUGCCUGGCAACGAUUAGAAUUGGAAACUAAUCUAGAGAUACUGUCAACAUUGUUGUUCGAAUGGCUAGAGGGUCUUAAACAUCCGCUUCUUGAUGUUGAUAGUCUCAGUUAUAUCGUCGCGUGGAGUUCAAAGCCGCAGCGGUGUCUUGGAAAAUUGUCCGUCUGCACAAGAUACUUAUUAGAAUAUCUUUUACGAUUUGUUACCCGCUUAAGGCCUGUGACAUCGGAGAGUCAGAGCUUAAUUACUAAGAGACUUAUGGCGGCGCUGACACAACAAACAAUCUGGAUCAAGAAUUCUUUUCAUCCUUCAAAUAAACAUUUUCAGAAAUUGCGACGUGGCACCGCUGGAAAACUAAAUGAAUUUUUCAUUCGCUUGAUGAACUUGAUAGAGGAAGUUAACACUCAAGGAUUGGACAAACCCCCAUGGGCAUCUAAAUGGGAAUUAUUAUCCAAACAUUUGCGUGAUAUGGAUAAUCAGAAAAACAAUGAAUAAGUGUAAUAAAUUGACAUUUAGCAUUCUGACGAAUUUAUUUCUAAUUGCCAAUGAUGUAGGUAUGUCGUUUAUUUUUUGUGUUUUUUUAGAUAUUAAAGAAAAUAAUUUAUAAUUUCUACAACUUUUAUUUACAAUAUGCUAACUCUGUUUAAACUAUAAAAAUGUCUUAUCUGUAAUAACAGCUGUAAAUAGCUAUGCAAGCAGGGUUUGAUACGUUGAGAUUAAAGAGAUAUAAGAAUUUUGUAAUAAUAUAAAAUAUAGUACUGAACAGCAUCUUUUAUUAUUGUAUAUCUUAUAUUAAUAUUGUACAUUAUUGCUGUUCUGCUUGAAAAAAACUUGACAAUCGCGCACUGCAAGAUACUAUUUGUAAGCACUGUUAUUUUUUUAAAUCUGUGAUAAUGUUAGAAAAAUUGACUUCCAAUACCAGCAGCGACUACGUGAAUUUCUAGAUUGCUUAAUUUAAUAAUUAUGUAUUAUAAUUCCUGGAUGCAAUUUUCUCUUGAUUAACUCUGAAUGUUAAUUAUGAUAAUUCUAUAAUAAUUAUUUUUAUAAUAAAGUACAUUAUAAUUUAUCUUUCAAAUUAAAUAUUAACAAAUUUAGUAAAUACGUCGUACACAUUAAACAAUAUUUGAUUAUGUGAAUGAUUAUAACAAAUAAAGAAGAAUAUUUUAUAGCAAUAGCAGUAGGCGCUGGUAAGAUAUUGUACACACUGCUAUUUUCAUACAAAUAUUGCUAUCAGAUUGCGAAGUAAUAGACCAAGACGAGCCUAGAUAGUAAAAUUUGAAAUGCAACAGGCGGUGAAUUACUUGAAAUAUAUUACAUUAAAAAAAAA